AUGAAAGCAUUACUGAUCUAUCUCUUCAUUGUGCAUGCAUCCAUGAAUUGCAUUUCAACAUUAAAGAAUAUCAAAGGGAGAGUGUCAAAUGGAGGAAAGCGAAAUAUAUUGAAUUUCUCACCGCUAAGAAUUCAGACAAACAACCAUAUCAAUUGUAAUCCUAGAUACAGAAUUAAAAGACGAAUUAAUGCCAAUUUUUCUAAGGAGUCAUGUGUAUAUCUACUCCAGAACAUAUAUGAUAAAUUGCAUUCAAAAGAAGGAAAAAAAAGAAAAAGGAAAAAUUACCCUCUUAGGUAUUUACUCCAUUUUUUAGAAAGAACUCCACAUAGAGAGUUUGUUUUUUUUAAACCAAACAAAGUAACAUGUGUUCUAAGAAAAGAAAAAGACAAGAAGAAAAUGAUUUCCAAGUCGUACCACCAAGGGAAAAAGAAACACUCCAACGUAGGUUUAAUGUCCGAAUUCGUGAAAGAUGAUAUCAUGAAGAGGGGACAGGGGGAGAAAGAGAGUGAAAAUAAACGAGUAUUCAUGACAUAUGCAAAUAAGGGAUGUACAAAAAAUGGAAGGGAUAUACUUGAAGCCCUGUGUAAAAAAGAGAGGAAAUCAAACAAUUUGUUUUUAAACUAUGAUUUUUUUGAAAAGGAAAAAGACAAUCUGUUAAAUCUAGAAGAGAUUAAUGACAUAGAUAAAAGAAGAAGAUCAUGUAUUAUUAUUCCCUUUAAUUUGUCCUACUUAAAUAAUAUUUUCUUUCACAUAUUCCAGAUUGAGCAAUUUGAAAUGAUAUACAACCCAGAAGUAACAUCUCGUAUAUAUGCCUAUAAAAAAUCGAAAGAACGUGAAUACUUAGAUAACUUUAAUUCAUCACAUUAUGCAAAUUCGUUCAUACUGUUGUAUCCUCCACCAAAUUUAUCGGGGCAGUUACAUGCGGGUCAUUAUUUCAACUUCAUUCAGCAGAAUAUUAUUUUUCUUUUUAAUAAGCAUGUCUUGUCUAGGUAUUCCAUUCCUCUCUUAGGAGCAGAUCACGGAGGAUUGAGUUCCCAUGAGGCAUUCUCGAAAAUUUGUGAAUCAAAUUGGAGUAAGGAAAAAUACAUUAGUGAAAUAAAAUCAUGGCAAGAAAUGUUAAAAGAAAAUAUUUUAACCAAUAUGCAAAAAAUGAACAUUGUUGUAGACAAAAAUCACUUCUAUAGCACAAUGGAUGAAGACAUGAAAACACUUGUUACUAAUUCAUUUUACAUAUUAUACAAGAAUAACAUGAUUGUGAAUAAAUUUUAUCCCUUAUAUUAUUGUCCUAAUUUAAAUACCAUCGUUUCAAAACUGGAUUUAGAAUUCUCGAAACCGGAAUACAAUAUAUGGAAGGUCAAGAUGCGCAUGAUUGAUGCACCUGAUAAAUACAAACUUCAUUCAGACAGCAAGAGAGAUUCCUUUUUUGAAGAGAAAAACAAAACAUGUCUCGAUGAUUUCCCUACCCAUAGUUACACAGAGAGACCGAAAGAAACGAAUGAAGUAAAAUUUUUUGAAAAAAAAUCGUACAAUUUUGUAUUUUUAAAUUGUGCAUGUGAUGCUUCAGGGCAACUACCGUGUGAUGCUUCAGGGCCACUACCGUGUGAUGCUUCAGGGCCACUACCGUGUGAUGCUUCUCAACCAUUACCAUGUGAUGCUUUUCAACCACUACCAGAUGAUGCUUCACAGUAUAUCCACAUCGAAAUAGAAAAAUUAGAAGACUUAAAAAAAAUCGUUGCCAUUUUACAUUAUUCACCAAAGAAGGAAAAGAAUAAUAGAAAUAAGUAUGUAUUAUUACCCCUCAUAAGGAAAGCAGUUCCAUUGAUAUACAGUAACGAGAGAAAUGCUCAUCCUUUAUUGUGCAAUAAUACAGUACCUGUGGAAGAUUUAUUCAUACCUGUAUUUUCUUCAAAUCAGAAAUAUGACAAUUACGCUGAUUUCUUUAACUUAGAGAAGGAUAUUACUAUAACAAAUGCAACAGUGGGAAGAAAUCAAAAUGGAAGACAAGGAAGAAAAAAUUCAUUUGUAAAACAGAUUUUAGAAAAUGGACAUGCUCAAUUAGUAGAAGCAGAGAAGGCUGCAUUUAAGUCUGCAUAUUAUAAAAAUAACAAAUGUAUACUUACGUUGCAGAAACAGUGGUGUUUAAAGUAUGACAAAUUAAAAAAAUUAUUUUUCGAUUGUCCUUGUGCUAAGAAGAAGGGUUAUAAUAAUGUACUUCCUGAAAAAUAUAGGAAAUACUUUUUAGAUGAAUCUCCAGCAAUGAAUAAUGAUUGGAUUUUAAAUCGUCAAGUUCCGUAUGGACAUCCAAUACCUUUAUUUAAAUAUGAGAGUUGUGAAAAAAAGGAGGAAAAAAAUAAAAAAUUUGAAAAUUUCAUUUGUUGUGUGUAUGGAAAUACUAUUGAUCACGCUUAUAACAAUUUAGUUAAAUCCAACAUUUUCGAAAAAAAGGAAAUUAAAAAGGAAUUUUUAAAAAGGGAUGAUGAUGUUUUGGACAAUUGGUUUUCCUCAUCUCUAUAUUUUUUGCAUUGCCUUAAUCAAAUGAAACUUGAUCUAUGUCACUUAUCACAUGUUAAACACCACUUGAUCGAUUUUAUUUUCACAGGAAAGGAUAUUUUACACCCAUGGAUAUUGCGGAGUGUUGUACUUUUGCACUACCUUAUGGGACAUUUCAACGGCAUUCAAUCGUCUGAUGUAUUUAAGAAUGUUCAAUCAGAUGUGCUAUCUGAGUCGGUGUCUAAAGUUCCAUCGUCCUUAGGGUCUGCCUCCUCCUCCUCCUCUUCGAGCUGUAGCCACGUCACCCUCUUAAACAUGGUAAGAUUCCACGGAAUUUUGAAAGACGAGAAAGGUAAAAAAAUCAGCAAAAGUGAUGAAAAUGCAACAUACUAUGAAAGUCUUGUGGAAGGAACAAACUUAGAUCAAGUGAGAUUAACCUUUAGUUUGAUCGAUAGAGAUACAGAAGAUAUCGUUUUGGAUAAAAAUAAGAUACGGAAGAGUAACAAAUUUUUAAGAAAAAUAUGGAAUAUAGGAAAUUUUAUUAAAAAGAAAUGUUCAUUUGAGAUGUAUAAAGAAAUGAAAAAUUGGAUGACUAACUCAUCAGAAGUUAAUUUUAACAUUUUAAAAAAUUUAAAAAAUAGCUCCUUCCCGAGGAUAUCAAACAUAGGAAUAUUCUGCACAUACAUUCAAAUAAUAAAUUCCGUUUUGCAUGAAAUGAAAAAUAACUACAAUGUUGGGAGAAGCAUACAUAUAAUUCACAAUUUUGUUAUGAAUACAUUUUCCAAAUUUUAUUUGAGGUAUCACCAUUAUUUACUACCUUGGUGUUUAAAUGAGAAAAAUGAUGAAAGGAUUAUUACUAACUUUUUAACUAUUUAUAUGUUUAGGGGAAUACUGAAAAUUCUUUACCCUUUCAUCCCACACAUAACAGAAGUAUUGUUUAUUCAGCUCUUCCUUAAAAAUGAAAUUGAUAAAAAUGAAAAAUAUACACCGUCAUAUUUUUCUCUUCCUCUAUCUAGCAAUUAUGACCUCUUUAAGAAUGAAGAAUUUUACCCAUCUGAAGAAAUUCAACUCCAAGUCCAACUUUUUAGCACAUUUGUAGAUAUAUAUAACAUCCUCCUUAAUUAUAAAAAAAAAAAUACCACUACUGAAUGUGUUUUCAAUAUUUUCCUCAACAAUCUGGACACAAAUAAAUUCCCAAUUGAAUAUUUUAAAAAUGAGGAAUAUAUUUUUAGAAAAUUCCACAACAUGAAUAUUUUCUUUUCAUCAUAUGAUCAAUCCAUUCUAGGUCAGCAACAUCCAAAGGAGCAACAACACCCUUGCUAUCACUUAUUCAGUAAAAACCACAUACUGUACGAUAGUACAUCCUUCACCAUAACAGUUCACUCAGCUUAG